AUAAUUACCUGCCUUGAUUGUUCUAUGGCUCGACAAAAAAGUACACAUACACUCCAUAUAAUAAUCGGAUGCAUGUAAAAGAGUCAGGGAGGCUUCGACAUGUCGACCACGGGUCCCAUAAGUAAUUAUUAUGUGGACUCUUUGAUCAACCAUGAAAACGAAGAUGUCCUUGCUGCAGCUCGGUUUUCGGCUCCCGGUUCGCACCCAGCCGGCCCUCGUCCGACAUCCCUUGUACCGGAGUGUGCUGACUAUCCUUCCUGCAGCUUCGCACCCAAGCCACCCGUCUUCUCCACAUCCUGGACCCCUGUACACUCCCAGUCAUCAGUGGUUUACCAUCCAUACAGUCACCAACCUCACUUAAGCACAGACUCGAGGUAUGUGCGGUCAUGGCUGGAGCCGAUAUCAGGCGCCGUGCCUUUCCAUGGCUAUCCGGGGAACAGCAGGCACUAUGGGCUGAAGCCCGACGCCUUUCAGGAGCACAGAGCCGCCGAGUGCCUUGGCUCCAGCGGACGGACCUACACGGAUUAUCUGUACUGCUCAUCCACUGACAUGCGAGACAAGACGCCGCAGAAUAUCCCCUCUCCCGAGUCGGAGCUCCUGGCUACAGGGAAACAUAAAGACGAGAAGCCGGAGCUAGAUCCGAAUAACCCUGUGGCAAAUUGGAUACACGCUCGCUCCACGAGGAAGAAGCGAUGUCCGUACACAAAGUACCAGACUCUCGAAUUGGAAAAGGAGUUUUUGUUCAAUAUGUACCUUACUAGAGACCGCCGAUUCGAGGUCGCGAGGGUCCUGAAUCUGACCGAAAGGCAAGUCAAAAUCUGGUUUCAGAACCGGCGAAUGAAGAUGAAGAAAAUGAACAAAGAAAGGAACGACAGAAAAGAACAAUAAAGUGGACUGCUGUCACACAACAACCAUAAUAUCCACUAGUCAAAUGGACAGCACAGAUGUACCAAAACACACGAUGAUCUCCCUCUCCUCUUCAUAUUUGUCACCUUGAUGGAUUUUGUAUUAACCUUAACUUCGAGCCAGUUUGAUGCUGAUUGUUACUUUCCAGUGCACAUUUAAGUGUCCGCCAUGUAAGAAAAAAAGAGACAAUUACAUUCUGCUUUCACUUCGAAAUACCUUGAUGUUUUUUUGUAAGAAAAAUGAUACAAGUGCAGUUUGGACACGUUUAAGACUGUCUGAAGAAAGAGAAUACUUGAAUUCUUUCGAAUUUAACAAACCCAUAAUUUAUGAUGUGAAUGUUUUCUUUCAUGUUCAUUCCUUUUGUAUACGUUGUCGUGCAGGUGUAGUAUUUUGUACAGAAACAGAACAUCUGCUAUCGGACUUGUCUGUCUUGUAUUUUUGUGAUAGUUGUUGCUGUAUUUGUGCACCUCUUUUUUCGAUU